GUCAAAUUGCAGGCUGUCGCUCAUUUCACGACCUGUCUGUGCCAAAGCAGUGCGCAAACCGACCGGAUGUCUCAGUGCUUGACUCUGUCGCGCGCGCCCGCGCGUCUGUGGGGGCGCAUGGCCGGUAGUUCGUACAUUCCCCUGCUUGUCGUCCAUCGUGCUGUCUACGAUACAGUUGGUUUCUAUGCCCAUGUCGUUCAUAUCCAGCUGGUUUCUCUUUGUGUCCGUUCGCUGUCGUGCUACCGUCAUCUUCGACUUGACCAGACUGCCUGUGCUGAAGCGUUCAAGUCCCAUGUUCUGAAAGUUUCCCGCUUCGCUCUAUGCUUCUUUCUCGUUGCCAUCGACCGUCCUGGUGCUGGUCUAUUCACAUCGCAGCCAUCAAUGAAGCCAGUGUGUAGAUGUUUGAGAGGGCCCCCGCACGGCACAUAACCAAGCAACCAAGCUCGCGCUUCCGCUUCUUGUUUCGCGCGCCGGACUGGACAGUCCUCGACUACCUAUGUGCUGCCCAACUCUGAAACUCUGAAAGCUCCCAGUGCUUGCAAACAGUUCAGGGUAAUGAGUCGGAGUCGUUCCUCCUUGAAUCAAAAUGCCCAAGGAUCGACAGUCUAACCCUAGUCUCCCCCAGGCAAUGACUCCGAUUCCGGGCACUAACUAUCUCCGGCGAUAUCUUCCGCAUCAUACUCACUAUCUGCGAAGCCCAUUCUCGAGUCUUUCCAUGAAUCUCAGCACUAGAAAACCAUUCCUUCAGGCAUCACCGCCGUCCCGAGGCGGGCGCAGUGCACACCGUGCUCCACAACUUUACUGUAAAUCAUUGCAGGAAAUAUGCGGCCGCGCCGUCUCGAUGAGCUGGUCGCUUCCACACGCGCGAGAGGCUCGUUGGGGAGUUUGAUCUCGGCUCGGGAAUACAUACUCCUCCCAGACUCGACCAACUCUGCACUUGGCAGAAAGACUGAGAAAGCCGUGUAGAAUUCCCGAAAGGGUUGGUGUCAAUCGAUCGCUGACGGUCGCGACUGAGGGAAUUGUGGACUGCCGAUGAUCUUUUGACGCAUCUUCUGUAUAGGCACCUGUAGACUUGCUUGUACGAUACUGGUACUGCUCCGGUUAGCAGCUCGAGCGACCGUGGGCCUCCGACUAGUCGUGAGAUGCACCGCCUGAGGCCUGAUGAGAUGGGUCGGUCACCUCACAGCCACAUUCGCAGCUUGAGUCUGCUUCAGAUUGAGCCCCGGCAGUGUCUCGGCGACUCAUGUCGCAGUUGCCGGCUGAGCUGCAGCGCGAGAUAUUCGAAACUGCCGCACGAAACGACCGGUCUACUAUCCCGACUCUCCUCCUCGUUGCACGCCACGUUCACGCAUGGAUAGAACCGCUCCUCUUCCAUGUCGUGAUUAACAUGAACGUUGGUCAACGUACAGCCCUUCGCUCUCUGAUGCAGACCAGGCCCCCUGACUUCUUUCGUCGUGGGGUCCGUCAUCUCUGGCUGGACGAGAGCGCAGAGUGGUCGUCCACAGAGACCCUUGCUCUUCUCAGCCUCUGUCCGUUGAUCAGGUCCUUCGCCUUUCGCCUCGGUUUGUCCCCGGAAGGUGUACUUCCAAUCCUAGACACAUUUCAGCACCUGCGAUAUCUGGAUGGGUUUCUCGAGCUCAUCUUCGGGUCUCGUCAAGGCAUCGACCUGGGGCGACCCUUCUUUCAGCGCUUGACGCAUCUGAGCCUGUUCGAUGUAAUCGACAAGACGCUCUGCUCCGGGCUCGCAACGCUGCCUGCUCUGACACAUCUCGCCCUCCAAACCACGACCUCUUUUCGGUUCACCUCGCGUCUCUUGAGAACUUGUACGAGCUUGCGCGUCCUUGUGAAAAUCGCUGAGGACCUUGAGGACGCCGAAAUAGAAUUGAAGGUUAUUCACCGCUUCGGUUUGGAGGAUCCGCGAUUAGUCCUAAUAGUCGUGCGGGAUCCCUUUGACGAGUAUGGGUUAGACCGGGAAGUCGGUGCAUUGGGCGGCAAGAACAUGUGGGUCAUUGCCGACGACUUCGUCGCCCGCAAGGGAUCUGGAGAGAUGGAAAAGUCGCACUACAUCGUGGAACAACCCUUGUGGGAUCAGUACUUUUUAGAAUGGGGGCCCUUUGAUACAGUCUGGGAGCCCUUUGAUAUAGCCUGGGGGGUC